AUGUCGACUGAUUUUGUGAAGAGCUUUUUUGCUGGUGGAGUUGGCGGUUCCUUUACGGUGAUGGUCGGGCAUCCGUUUGAUACCGUCAAAGUUCGCCUUCAAACGAUGCCAACUCCAAAGCCGGGAGAAAAGCCGUUGUAUGCCGGAACCUUGGAUUGUUUCAGGAGUACGAUCGCCAAGGACGGAAUCACGGUAUUUGACUUUUUUUGUUUAUUCUAUAUUUAGAACACUUAGAUUUGCUAAUUUAAGAAACUUUAUAUAUUACUGCUGGAACGGAGGUUCCCAGAAUAAGUUGAUAUCUGCAUUUCUUACCAAAUACUAAAAUUUCAGGGUCUGUACAAAGGCAUGGCAGCUCCGUUAGUUGGUGUGUCGCCACUGUUUGCUUUGUUUUUUGGAGGAUGUGCUGUUGGAAGAUGGCUUCAACCGAAGAAACCCGGCCAAGCAGAUUACACUUUUGUACAAAAUGCGAAUGCGGGUGCUUUUGCCGGUGUACUAACAACCGUAGUAAUGGUACCCGGAGAACGUAUCAAAUGCCUUUUACAGGUUCAAUCUGCCGGAGGGCCACAAAAGUACAGUGGUCCCCUUGACGUGGUUAAACAGUUGUACAAAGAAGGUGGUAUCAAGAGCAUUUACAGAGGCACUGCUGCUACAUUAAUGAGAGGUAUGGUUUAAUUUGACAUAUGAUAAUAACUCAAUAAGUUAGUUAAAAAAUUUGUAAUUAUUUAUUUUUGAAACUUUCAGAUGUACCUGCAUCAGCUGCUUAUUUAUCCGUCUACGAAUAUUUGAAAAAUUUGUUUGCUGGCGAAGGAAACAGAGACAAGCUUUCGCCGACAGCCACACUUUUGGCCGGUGGAUUUGCUGGAAUUGCGAAUUGGUCAGUUUGCAUUCCCGCCGACGUUCUCAAGUCUCGACUUCAAACCGCCCCAGAAGGAAAAUACAAGGGGAUCCGCGAUGUUUUCAAAGAGGUCAUCAAAACCGAGGGCCCAGCUGGAUUGUUCCGCGGAUUCACGCCAGUCAUGUUGAGGGCGUUCCCAGCCAACGCCGCUUGCUUCUUCGGUGUUGAAUUGACUUUGAGUCUUUUCAAAGCUCUCAAUUUGUAA